CCCCGGGGCCGUGGAGCGCCCAGGCCGAGGCGGAGGCCCGCCCAUGAAGCAGCGCGACCCGGCCCCGGCCGAGCGGGGCAAACCGGCCACCUACACCGGGGACAAGAAGGCGAAGAUGGCCGCCAAGACCAAUAAGAAGUGGGUCCGGCUGGCCACCGUGUUCGCCUACGUGCUGUCCGUGUCGCUGGCCGCCAUCGUGCUGGCCGUCUACUACAGCCUCUUCUGGAAGCCCGUGAGGGCCUUCGGGGCGGCGGGGGGCCCCGGCGGCCCGGGCCCCGGGGGCUCCAACGCCACCGGCCCGCUGCCCAACGCCACCGUCCCGCUGCCCACUCCGGGGCCCUCUGUCCCGGCGUCCCCCCGGUCCUCGCCCACUGGAAGCCCCGGGGAGACCCCCGGCCGGACCCCCGAAGUCCAGGCUGCCCGGCCGGCCGGCCAGGAGCAGGGGCUGGGGCAAGAAGCGCUGGCCACCCCCGGGAGCCGCUGAGACCCUCCCGGAGACGGGGACGGGGGUGGGUUCGGGCUGGAGGCAGGCGUCCGUCCUUCUCCCGGGGCCCGUUUCACCCUGUCCGUUCCCGGGCUGAGCGGUCCUCCGGAGUCCCUCGGCCGGGCCCCAAGGGGAGUGGGGGACCCCUUCCACUUUGAGCAUCCUCCUCAUUUGCCCCCCGCCUUCGCUCCCAGACUUGGGGGGCUUGUUUUAAUAAAGCGAAGGGAGGUAGGGCGCACAGCAGUAGUGGAACCCAGAUACGUCAGCCAAGUGGCAAGGACCACGGCUGCACUGACCAUCCCGACCCGCCUAGUUAGUAGUCAACGCGCACUUAGGAGCGAGCUACAACUACACGGCACGAUGGAUGUAAUCCCUCCCUCUCUGGAUAGGUACCACUGGUGCCUGGCAAGGGCUAUCGCUCCGAAGUGGCGGCCAGCCAGAGGGCCGCAGCGCUCCUCGUCCGAGGAACUGACUUUUUCAACAUCCCCUCCCUCCCUCUGCCUUCAUUCCAGCCCUAUGAAGAUGGAUUUAUGGCAGUUGGGCACCCUUAAAUGCAAACGUGGAUUGGACUGGUACUUAAGACUUCUUGGCAUCGCAGCCGAAAACCCCAAAAAGCCAUUCGGAGUGGGAAGAUUUCAACCGGGCUCCCUUCAUCCUCUGAAGGAUUCCCGCUGCCCCUUCUACCAUUUGGACCGGGUCCAGGGCAGAAGGAAAGCGAGAACAGGGCCUAUACGCUUUGAUCCUUAACCUUUCCCGUCAAGGGGGUGGAUUUAGGCGCAAGAGUGGGUUGGCAAGUAUUUUUUUCUGUCUCCUUUCUGCCGCUCCUCCAGGUGUCUGUGUUCUGGUUAUCGCGCCUCGCCUCACCACCGGUUUGCUUUGGGGGUUUCAAGUCUCAACUUUCAGGUCGGGACUAGGUCGGUUCUGGGUGAAACAAGAGCCCAACCAGAGGGCUUGGGAGUCGUUCCGAGCUGGGAAGGGAUGUUUGGGUACAAAUUGCGUGGGAACCGAGCACCCGGAAAAAAGAACGUGAACGGUCAUCACUGGUGGUGUUGCCUCCCCGUCUCUGGCCCCGCAUGUUCUUCCAUUUCGGGGUUGCAAAACCUACUAUGAAGCUGCCCUGUAGAAGAGCUGAAUCCCCCUCCCUCUAGUUUCCAGUCACCUCCCCACUAGCUGUGACCAGAGAAAGGAAACCCCUCUGCCGAGUGUGACAGUCUCCACCCUUGUCACCCAAUGUGGCAUUCCCACUGCCUCCAGGGCCACUCCUCGCCGUUCUGGUGACCCCCCCAAGAUAUCCCAGCCGCCGGCCCCGGGGCCGUCUUGAUCUGAGCACAGAGCCGUAGCAACAAUAAACUUGCUAAAGGGACCAUCUUGAUCUGAGCACAAAGCCGUAGCAACUUGCUAAAGGGACCGGGUUUUUUUUUUUUUUUUUGGUUGGUGUUUAUUUGUUUGUUCUUUGUUACCCACAAUUAUACUUACAAUAUGACGCUCUAGUCCUAUAUCUCAGUAAUGUGCAAGCCUGUUGUUGUUUCGAAAACCCUUGAACACCAAGAGACUGUUCGGGACUCCCCUGGGUUUGUGGACCGACAGGAUCCACGUCGGGGUCCACCUGGAGACCACCCCGACUCCGGCCCCACCCUCCGCUCUCUAGCUGUCGCUGGACCCCAGCUCUAGAUGUGAAUGUGACGAGAGACCUUAUUUAUAAUUCAGCCGUUUAAGAUAGACUGUACUCAAAGCCCUGUCUAUUUUUUUAAAGUUUUAUUUUUCAAGUGAACUAAAAUACAUUCCAAGAACUCUGCUUUAA